GUAUCCCAUCCCAUUCCCAUCAAUCAUCUUAACUCGCCCACAUCACCUUGCCUUUUGCUCUCUCUCUUGCCCAGGCCCCAGAGACCUCAACUCCACACAUCCUCCGCCGACAUGAAGUCCACGACCGCCCUGCUCGUCGGUGCCUUCGCCGCUGCUGCCACGGCCCAGGUCAGCAGCCUCCCUCAGUGUGGUGUAAGUCUCCCGUGCUCUCUCUUCUCCCCUCAUCCACCUCUUCAAACACUCUAAUGCUGACAUUCCUGUCCACAGCAACUCUGCGUCAACAACAUGAUCGAGUUGGCUCCCUCUCUUGGCUGCGACGCCUCCGACUACGCAUGCCUGUGCAACAACGCCAACUUUCAAUACGGCAUCCGGGACUGCUCCAACGAAUAUUGCGGCAGUCCAGACCUUGCCAGCAGUGCCAUUGCCUAUGGUAGCGGCUACUGCUCCUCUGUCAUUGCCUCUGCUACUGGAACCUCUUCUGGUGCCUCGGGUGCUUCAACCACCACGGAGUCUCCAAGCGUUACCGGACCCGCUUCUGGAAGCGCCACUGCAACUGAGACGGGUAAGGGAGGUGCGGGUGGUUCAAGCUCAGCUAUCACCACAUCGGCCAUCGUGUCUGUCGAGACCUCCGCUUCCUCCACCAUCACCAAGACCGUCGGAUCAACCACCAUCUACACCAUCAUUGGCGGUGAGGGGGCAAGCGCCGCUGCAACUGCCACCUCCGGUGCGGCUGGUGCCGGCGUGUCAAGCUCAGCUAUCACCACAUCUGCUCUUGUCACCGUUGAGACCUCAGGCUCCUCUGCCAUCACCUCUACUAUUGGAUCUACCACCAUCUAUACCAUUGUAGGCGGUAAGGGUGCCAGCUCCGCUGCCACCGCUACUUCUGGUGCUACUGGUGCCGGCGGUUCCAGCUCGGCUAUUACCACCUCUGCUCUCGUCACGGUCGAGACCUCAGGCUCCUCCACCAUCACUUCUACCAUCGGAUCCACCACCAUCUACACGCUCGUCGGUGGUGCAGUUGGAAGCUCUGCGACCGAAACGUCCGGCGGGGCCGGUGCCUCCACGCUCUCAACUGUCGUUUCCAGUGCUGCUGCCUCCGGAGCGAGCGGCUCAGGUUCCAGCGCCGGCUCUGCCGCUCCCAGCUCGACUUCCAAGGCCGCUGGAGCUAUUCAGACCGCUGUUCCUGGAUUCGUCGCCGCAGCGGGUCUUGCAGCUCUCCUCCUGUAAUGACUGGAUCGCGUCUUGGUUGACGGAAAUGGGAUGGGGUGGGGAAGUGGUAAUGGUCUAAUUGGCGGACGUGCUUUGGUUGUUGAUACCCUCUUGCUUUCUUGCUCAUGUUUACCCAGCAUUGAGUCUUCAAAACGGUUUUUCUGCUGCGAUACGGUUUAACGCAUUACGGCAUUACGGCAUUAC